AGGGACAAAACAUCACAUGUAAAGUGAACAGACACAAGAGUCGGUCUCAUAUUCCUCCUCCUCUAUAACUACACUUCUCACUCACACCCAAAGAUUCGAACAAGAAACAAAACACCAUCAAACCAAUUAGUAAUGGCGAACAACGAAUCAGGUUCAUCGUUAGGUCCGGGCGGUCUGGAUCUAACCAGCACCUUUUUCAAACCGCUCCAAAACUCCGAUCCUCCAAUCCCCUCCAACCGCUGUACCAAGAUCUCCGUCAUCGGCGUCGGCAACGUCGGCAUGGCCAUCGCUCAAACCAUCCUCACUCAAGACAUCGCCGACGAGAUCGCCCUCGUUGACUCCAAGCCCGACAAGCUCCGAGGCGAGAUGCUCGAUCUCCAACACGCCGCCGCCUUCCUCCCCCGCACCAAAAUCACCGCUUCCGUUGACUACGAUGUCACCGCCGGAUCCGAUCUCUGCAUCGUCACCGCCGGCGCUAGGCAGAACCCUGGCGAGUCUAGGCUCAAUCUCCUCCAGAGGAACGUCGAGCUCUUCCGCCACAUCAUCCCUCCCCUCGCUAAGUCGUCUCCCGAUGCGAUCUUGCUCAUCGUCUCUAACCCUGUGGAUGUCUUGACAUACGUGGCGUGGAAGCUCUCUGGUUUCCCGGUGAAUCGUGUUCUUGGAUCGGGUACUAAUCUUGAUUCCUCUCGGUUCAGGUUCUUGAUCGCAGAUCAUCUCGAUGUCAAUGCUCAGGAUGUGCAGGCAUUCAUUGUGGGAGAGCAUGGAGACAGCUCGGUGGCAUUGUGGUCGAGCAUAAGUGUGGGAGGCAUCCCUGUCUUAAGCUUCUUGGAGAAGCAACAGAUCGCUUAUGAGAAACAAACCCUUGAGGAUAUUCACCAAACUGUUGUUGGAAGUGCCUAUGAAGUUAUUGGACUCAAGGGUUAUACUUCUUGGGCCAUUGGCUACUCUGUUGCCAACCUGGCCUAUACCAUCCUCCGUGACCAGCGUAAGAUCCACCCGGUUACGGUACUUGCUCGUGGGUUUUAUGGUGUAGAAGGUGGUGAUGUGUUCCUCAGUCUCCCGGCUCUACUUGGACGUAAUGGUGUGGUGGCUGUGACUAAUGUGCAUAUGACUGAUGAAGAGUCGGAGAAGUUGCAGAAAUCGGCAAAGACUAUAUUGGAGAUGCAAAGCCAGUUAGGACUUUGAACAUUUUCUAUAUAUCUAUUUGCUUCCGUUUUUAAAAACUUUUUUUUUUGUUUUGUGAUGCAUUAUGACCAUCAAUCAUCCCAAUGGUGUUAGUGUUGAUCUUGAUCUCUAUCACUAUAUGUUAUAUAAAUGCUUGUUCGGGCAAUACUGAUUCCAAAGUUAAUGUUUGUGAUGCCUCGGGAGGUUGUAAGGAAGUUUUUGUGUGCAGCUUGGAGGAGGGUUUGUGCUGGUAGUUCUUUGCUACUAUCUUGGGGUUUAUAUGCUGAUUACUUUUACUACAGUCUGAGUUUUUCUGCUGGGAGUUCUCUGUUCCGGGUUCAUGGGAUUUGUUCUGCGCGUUUCGAGACUUCUCUCUCAGCUGGAGAGUUAAUCUGUGAUGUUCUGCUGGUUGCAGGUUUCUUGGAGUCACUUCUUUAGUUACUUGUUUCUUUUCUUUCCCUCCUUUGACUAUGGCCAUGGUCUUCCCCAAAAAUUUGACUUGUUGCACAUGGUUAAUUUUUUUUGGGGGGGGGGGGGAGGAGAUUACCUUUUGUUU